CUUGGUUCUGAUCAGUUAAUCAAAGCAUCUAUCUAUAGUCUAUACCCAUACCCUUAAAAUCGAACGGUCAAGAUCCAUCAAUUAUUUGAUCGACGGACAAGAAUCAAGCUCCGCUCCCACGCCAAAUUUCCACGCUGAAUACAUAUCCGCGAAUUACGGAGUUCUCCAGAUUCAUCUUCCAGGGUUUUCUCUUUCGAUUUAUCGGCACCAUUUUCUUCUAGUACCGGCGCCUCAGAGAAGUAGUUUGAACGAUGUCAGAUGAAGUUGAGUAUCGAUGUUUCGUUGGUGGGUUGUCGUGGUCAACAUCUGAUCGAGGUCUGAAAGAAGCAUUUGAGAAGUUUGGACAUCUUGUUGAGGCAAAGGUGGUUAUGGAAAAGGAAUCUGGGCGCUCUCGUGGCUUUGGAUUUGUCACCUUCGAUGCGAAGAAAGCAAUGCAAGAGGCAAUCGAAGCUAUGAAUGGGAUCGAUUUAGAUGGUCGAAACAUAACUGUUGACAAAGCUCAGCCUCAGCAAGGUUCAGGCAGAGACAGAGACAGGGACUAUGACAACGACCGCUCACGUGACAGAGGACGCGAUCGUGGAAGUGGGCGGGGAGGCGGCGGCGGUGGUGGAGAUUGUUUUAAGUGCGGCAAGCCAGGUCACUUUGCUAGGGAGUGUCCUAGUGAGGGAGGAGCUAGAGGUGGUAAAUAUGGUGGCAGAGAUGACCGUUAUGGUGGUGGUGGUAGAGAUGACCGUUAUGGUGGUGGUGGCAGAGAUGACCGAUAUGGUGGCGGCAAAAGUGGCGGUGGCGGUGGUUAUGGCCCUGACCGGAAUGGAGAUCGAAAUGGAGGACGUAGCAGGGAAGAUGGUGGCCGUGGUGGAGGAGGUGAUCGAUACAGCCGUGACCGUUCUGGGCCGUACGAUCGCCGUGGUGGUGGUGGUUUUCGAUCUGGCUGAAGAUUUUGAGGUGGUCAGGCUCCGGAAUGCAGUUGUCAUGGUGAAGUCUUCUCGUGGCAAUCUCAUUCGUAAAAAAGUGGAUGAAAAACUUUUGAAAGUGUGAAACCUGGCUAAAUAUCUACUAUGUUGUGUACCUGAGAUGAUGUUCUCUUGUGUUGAUUGGGGUCCGUUUGAUUACUUGAUGUGCAAAAACUCGAAUCUGAUGUUACUAUUUAAAAAAUGCUAUUUUGCUGCUCUGCUUCGUUGUCUGCUUUCUUGCUUACAUUCGCAUGGCAACUGCACCGUAUAUGGUUCAUGGAAUGAGGUCUAAUUCGGAAUUGUUGGGUUUGU